CCGGUAGCUGGGAGCGGUCUCGGAGCAUGCGUAAUGCCGGCAGCUGGGUGCGGGGAGGUUUCGGAGCAUGCGUGGAUCCCAGUGCUGGCCUGGCCUUCCCUUCCCUUCCCUCCAGCGGCUGCUCCACUCUGUUGGUGGAGGUGGCAGUGAAUCAGGCACUGACGUUGCAACGGGCUCAGCACGUUUCCUCGGUUCAUUGCUCUGCUCUGCACGAUGGGGAGGAGGAAGAACAGGCCCAGAAACCGGGAGAACACGGACAUCAAGCCCGGUUGGGGAGCUGGCUACCAAGACAUUAUUAAAGAAAAUAAGCUAUAUGAAGAAUAUUACCAAAGACUAAAGAUUGUUCCUGAGGGAGAAUGGGAUCAGUUUAUGGCAACCAUGAGGGAGCCAUUGCCAGCCACUAUUCGGAUAACUGGAUACAAGAGUCACGCAGAGGAGAUUUUGCAUUGCCUAAAAAACAAAUACUUCAAAGAACUGCAAGAUUUAGAAGUGGAAGGGCAAAGGAUUGAGGCUCCACAGCCCUUGAGCUGGUAUCCCAGUGAAUUGGCUUGGCAUAUUAACAUUAGCAGGAAAAUAUUGAGGAAAUCACCAGUCUUGGAGAAGUUCCAUCAAUUCCUUAUUAGCGAGACUGAGUCUGGAAAUAUCAGUCGGCAGGAAGCUGUCAGUAUGAUCCCUCCUUUGCUGCUUGAUAUCAAAUCUCAUCAUAAGAUUCUUGAUAUGUGUGCAGCACCUGGAUCAAAGACUGCUCAGCUGAUUGAGAUGUUGCAUUCUGACAUGAGUGUUGCUUUCCCAGAGGGUUUUGUAAUUGCAAAUGAUGUGGAUAACAAGCGCUGUUACCUGCUGGUUCAUCAAUCAAAGCGCUUGCAUAGCCCUUGUAUUAUGGUCGUUAAUCACGACGCAUCAAACAUUCCGAGGUUGCAUAUGGUAGAUGCUGAUGGCCAACGAAGCAUUUUCUUCUAUGACCGCAUUUUGUGUGAUGUCCCAUGCAGUGGGGAUGCAACCUUAAGAAAGAAUAUUGAUGUGUGGAGAAAGUGGACAACUAGCAACAGUCUACAGCUGCAUGGUUUACAGCAGAGAAUUGCAAUUCGUGGUGUGGAACAGUUGACUGUUGGAGGAAGGAUGGUCUAUUCUACCUGUUCUCUGAAUCCUAUUGAAAAUGAAGCUGUGAUAUCAGCUAUUCUUGAAAAGAGUGAAGGAACUCUGGAGUUGGUUGAUGUUUCAUCUGAAUUACCAGGAUUGAAGCGAAUGCCUGGUUUAACAACAUGGAAGGUAAUGACAAGAGAAGGUCAUUGGUAUGAUGAGUGGUCAGACGUGCCAGAGAACAAACACACCCAGAUCCGCCCUACAAUGUUCCCAAUCAAAGACCCUCAAAAGCUCAAAAUAAUGAAUCUGGAACGAUGCAUUAGGGUUCUACCUCAUCAUCAGAAUACUGGGGGCUUCUUUGUAGCUGUUCUGGAGAAAAAGGCGCCAAUGCCAUGGAACAAGAGGGAACCGAAGUUGCGACGCAAAGCAGAAAUGGUUAAUCCUUCAGCUGAAGGUGCUGAUGAAAAAUCUGCAGCAGUGGAUGAAACUAAAAUAACUGAUGGUGAAGAAUCAUUGGACAAUAAGGAGACUAUUUUUUGUCCACCACCAUCAAAGAAAAUGAAAUUAUUUGGGUUCAAAGAAGAUCCGUUUGUCUUCCUGAAUGAAGAUGAUCCAAUAUUUCUCCCAAUACAGAAUUUUUAUCAAAUGGAUCCAGCAUUUCCAAAGAUGAAUGUCUUCACAAGGACACAUGAGGGGAAGAAGCGUCAUCUGUAUAUGGUUUCCAAGGAAUUGAGAAAUGUGCUUCAUCAUAACAGUGAAAGAAUGAAGGUGAUCAACACUGGAAUUAAAGUUUUGAGUCGCAAUAAUGAUGGGGAGGAGUUUGGCUGUGCCUUCAGAUUGGCACAAGAGGGUAUUUACACUAUAAAUCCAUACAUUAAUGGAAGAAUCGUUAAGAUCUCAGUUGAAGAUGUUAUGGUACUGUUGACACAAGAAAAUCCAUUCAUCGGUAAACUUACAAGUGAUCCCCAAAAGCAGGCCAAGAAGCUGAGUAUGGGAAGCAUUGUGCUGAAAUAUGACCCCGAUACUUUGAACAAGGAAGGUCCAAAGUGCCCUAUUGUAUUGUGUGGCUGGAGGGGAAAGAACUCAAUUCGUGCUUUUGUCGCCAGGAAUGAACGUUUCCAUUACCUACGAAUGCUGGGAGUGGAGGUCUUCCGAGAUGGGAAAAAGGGUGAAGGAUCUAACAAACUGGUUGCAAAUUCUGAGAAAAAUAUGGAGCCAAUGGAAGAAGGCAUAUUGAAUGUACAGGGAGAAACUGAAAAUUUGAAACAAGAUACUGAAAGCUCACAGGAAUUUGCUAAAUAUGAUGAGAUCUUGGGUGCGGAAGAACCUGAACAAAAAGAAGUAGAGCAUGCACAGAUAGAAAUUAGUAAUUCAAAAGUAAUGCAAGCAUCAGAAUGUACUGAUCCAUUAUCAAAAAUUGAGAAAACUGGUAAUGCUGCUGUGGCAUGUCCAGAUGAAGAAAGACCUAAGGUCGAGUCAAAGCAAGUGAUAAAUGUGGACUGAUAUAGAUUGCAGGACAAGAAAGCUAACUGCCAAAUUGUUUCAAGAAUAUAUAAUUUACAUGCAAUCCACAGUUUAGUAUUUGAAUGUCCUCAAAUCUUUAAUUACUGGACAUGAAGGCUUAAAAAAUUGGUUACACUUAUUCAAGAACUCUAAAUCAACCUCCUGACAUAAAUAUCAUUAUUUCUGUUGUUAUCUUGGCCGUUUGCCAGAAAUUUCCUUCAUGGGAAAAGGGUGAAGCAAAUGUGUUCACGGGGAAAAAGAAGAGCUGUGUCGUGUUCAAGGUGAUAUGCUUGGCGGCUAUGGGGGGGAAUUAAUUCAUUAAUUUCAACCAUUCAUGUCUUUCCAAGUAGUUUAACAACCCAUUCUCAUGAAAGCACUACUUUUAAAAUGAAGUUUUGUGAUGUGUUUGGUGUCAUUUUUAUUAUAACCUAGACAACGUGACAAUUUUGUUAAGUGUUCUGUGAAUCCCAUUGUUACAUGUUAUUUUAAUGGUUGAAUUUAUAAAUAUGGAUUGCUACAUUUUUUUUAGUGCUUCCUCAAAUUUUUGGAUAAUUUUCCCAUGACUGUUUAGAUAGUUGUAUGGAUGGAACAUAUUGCCCAAAUUUGCCCAAGUGACGAAGAUGAUAAUUUCUCCCUUUAAUUCAAAAGUAUUUAUUCUGCAAAAUAUUUACUAAGGGAACAGUUCUGUAUUUUUCUUAAAAAUGGUUACAUAUGUCAAGACGGUUGAUUUUCAGUCAAGAUGCCAUACUUUGCCUGUUAAAUAAUAAAACAUGCUAAAUUUUCA